AUGUCACAGGUCAUAGAAUCCCACGUGUUACGUGUUGGACAGACUGUGUGUAUUUCCUCACCGGAGGAAAGCAAGAGCCGGUACCCGGGCUGCUCCACGCUGCCAGGCAAGUACGUCUACUACUCCACGGAGGCCUGGACUGACCCCCCCUCCAUGGUGGUGCAUCACAAGGCUCACCUGCUCCCCAGUGGCAGAGCAUACGGAGCCCAGCCCGUGUCAGAGCAUGCGGCUGCUCACACGCAGGGGAAGGGCCAGCAGAAUUCCUCCUUGGAGAAACCCCCUGCCCUGUGCCAGCUGAAGGAGGAGGAGAACACCUGUGCAGACCCUGAGGCUCAGCCCAUGUCUCCCUCCCUGGAUGUAACCAUAGAGACUCUGAACCAGAUGAUUCUAGAAAUCGAUCCGACCUUCCAGCCGCUGCCGUGCAGGCCGGUGAAGGAUGCAGCCCAGCCUGCUGCUCAGGGUGACACAGUGGCUACCAAGAAGCAGGACCUGGAGGCAAUAGACAUCAAGUACAUAGAGCUGACACCGGGAAGAGCCACGGGGCCCGACCUGCCACAGGGCUCCCCCAGCCCUUCAGGCACCCCAUUCUCCAGGUCCCCCCAGGCCAACACCUUCCUGCCCCAAAAAGGGGCACUCGGAGGCAAAUACAGCACCAGUGACAGUGUGGUUUUCUCGAGCCCACCUGGACCCUCAAGCCCCCAGUCGGCUGCCCUGAGCUGUAGCAAAGCAUCCGAGAGCACCAGCGCACCCUGGCAGUGCCUGGCAGCACACACAGACCCAGCCUCCUACAGCCCCGGGGCCCUCAGCACCUCCCCAGGUGUUGACAAUCUGCUGAAGCCCGUGCAGGUGUUGAGGACCCGGCAGAGGGGCAGCUGGGUGUCCCAGCUCUCCACGAGCCCUGGCUCUGACACCAGCUACAUCCUGGGCAGCAGCACCCACUCGCUCCACAACGAGGACUCGGAUGCUUCGGCCGCUGCCUCCCCAUCCACCGCCAGCUCCCUGGGCAGCCCCUGCUCCCCUUCCUCUGGCGUCUUGUCUCACUCCAGGGAAGCUUUUGCCCAGAGUCCCUCACAACCCUGGGCAGGCGGCUCCCUCAGCACCAGCACCUCCCUGGCCCAGAAGGGCCAGGCCAGCAGCUGCCCCCCCUCCAUCCUCACCUCCGCUGCCGACAUCCCGGUGCUGCUGGUGAACGGGUGCCUGAAACAAGGAGAUGGAGCCUCCCGGCUGGCCAAAGCCUCCCCCAGCUCUGCCACGCAGCCCCCCCUGCCCGGCUGCAGCCCAACCUCGAGGCUCGGUGGCCUGAACAACGCGCUGUCAGCACCUGCACUCAGCUGCCUCUCAGACAGUCCCCUGAAGGCUGGGCAGCCCACCAUGAAGUUUGUGAUGGACACAUCAAAAUACUGGUUCAAGCCAAGCAUCAGCAGGGACCGAGCAAUCCAGCUGCUGAGGGACAAGGAGCCGGGCACCUUCCUCGUGAGGGACAGCACCUCAUUCCGGGGCUCCUUUGGACUGGCCAUGAAGGUUCCUGGCUCUCCAUCCAGCAGCCAGACAGGUGAGGACAGCAGUGACCUCGUCCGGCACUUCCUCAUUGAGUCCUCCACCAAAGGGGUUCACCUGAAAGGUGCCAGCGAGGAGCUGUAUUUUGGGAGCCUCUCUGCCUUCGUCUACCAGCACUCCAUCACCCCGCUGGCACUGCCCUGCAAGCUCAGCAUCCCCACCCGAGAUCUCGCUGAUGGAGAGGACAGCCCUGACUGCGCUCCUGAAUCUGCACUGUCCCUGGCCAGGAGAACUGCAGUGUGCAAUGUCCUGUACCUCAACUCGGUGAAUGUGGAGACACUGACAGGAGCCCCAGCCAUUCUGAAAGGCAUCUCCUGCACCUUGGAGCUGGAAACACUGCCCACCCCCAUCCUGGUGCACUUCAGGGUGACAGAGCAGGGCGUCACGCUGACCGAUGUCCAGAGGAAGGUGUUUUUCAGGCGACACUACCCCUUGGCUGCUGUCAGGUUCUGUGGGAUGGACCCUGAGAACAGAAAGUGGCAGAAGUACUGCAAGUCCUCCAGAAUCUUUGGCUUCGUGGCCAAAAGCCAGACAGACUCGGAGAACCUCUGUCACCUGUUUGCAGAGUACGACACCGUGCAGCCAGUGUCCCUUGUCAUCGACCUGCUCCGCCAGCUCCUGCCCAGCCCAUAG